AUGAGACUGAUCAAGCAGAGUAUCGAAAAGAAGGAUGGCUCUGGCAGUGCAACUCUGCUGCCUGAGGAGCCCGAAGACAUGUGGCAUGCAUACAAUCUCAUAAGACCAACCGAUCUUCUUCGCGCCUCGGCCAUUCGCCGCGUCACAACCGAGUCCAUGACGGGUUCCAGCACAUCCAAAAGAGUCCAAACUACUUUGACGCUUCGUGUCACCUCUCUAGACUUUGACCCGCAAGCUGCUCAGCUGCACGUCAGCGGUACCGUCGCCGAAGAGAACGAAUGGGUCAAGCGUGGCUCCUACCAUACCCUCGAUCUCGAGCUGCAACGCAAUUUCACUCUCGAAAAGGCAGAUGGCUGGGACAGCAUCGCUCUCGACAUCCUGAAAGAGUCGAUCGACCAAACACAAAAGGCUGAGCUAUGGGCUGUCGUCAUGCAAGAAGGUCUUGCCAACAUCUGUCUUGUCACAAACCACCAGACUAUCUUGCGCCAACGUGUUGAAACUGCCUUGCCCAAGAAACGUCCUGGUAAACCCAGCGCAGACCACGACAAAGCCACUCAGCGUUUCUUCUCCACCAUCCUUGAAUCUCUUCUCCGUCAACUCAACAUGGCCGACUUGAAACCAUUAUUGUUAGCAAGUCCCGGCUUCACCGCAACCGCUUUCCAACAAUACAUCAAGACCACCGCAUCCACAAAAGCCGACAAGAACUUGACAGCCCUUGCUGCAAAGACUAUUGUCGCACAUUCUGCUAGCGGUCACUUGCAUUCGCUUGCUGAGGUCAUGGCUUCUCCCGCAGUCACUGCCAAGCUGAGCGAUACUCGUUUCGCAAAAGAGACGGCCCUUAUGGACAAGUUCUUCGAUCUGCUCAGGAAGGACGACGGUCGCGCGUGGUACGGUCCAAAAGAAGUCGAGUCUGCUGUUGAGAAGGGUGCAGUGGGGAGGGGUGGUGGUGCCUUACUCAUCUCGAACUCACUCUUCAGAGCUCAGGACGUCGCGAUAAGAAGGCGCUGGGUCUCCCUGGUCGAUAAGGUCAGCCAAGAACACGGAGGCGACGUCAAAGUUCUCAGCAGCAUGCACGAAAGCGGCAAGCGCUUGGAAGGUCUUGGUGGCAUUGCUGCCAUCCUUACUUUCCCCAUCGAGGACAUGGACGAUGUCGAUGGCGGAGAAGACAUUGACGUAGAAGAGCCGGCUAACGGCAUCGAAGGAAGACCAGGAAUGCAUGAAGAUAUCGAGAUAUAG